UUAACGCAAGUUUACGUCACGUGUGGUGUGAAAAACGUAAGGAGUGUUUUUACAGACGGUGAUAUAAGUACAUGCGGAAAUAAAUGGCUGCAAGUCCAUUGUACAGAUAGUGUGUUAAGUCUUAACUUAAGGAUAUUUUGCAUACCCAUAAAAUGGCGUGUACGUUACGCAGCUGCCUGCUAUUAGCCACAAUUUGGAGUUCCUUCUCAUUCGCUAAUGCUGGCCUUUUACAAAACUUUCAGGAUUUCGCGUUCUUAAAUCCAGUGGAACCGUGGGAGUUUCCUACAGAUGAUGCAUUUCCAUCCGACUCCUCGUUUCCGUCGGACAUCGGUUUCCCGCCCGUGUCCCCCCAAGAUAAUGCUUCGUCUACCGACAUGGCUUUUCCGCCCGUCGGCGGUAUUCCUCCGGAUUCCAAUUUCCCGCCUAACAACGCCGUUCCGUCUGGUACCGCCUCCUUUCCAAUUGUCGGGCCUCCGUCUGCUUCACAAACAGGAACCGGAGGCGAUUCCAAAACAGAAACAGGAAGUGGUGUGUUGAUUUCGCCAGUGGAGCCACCAACCGAAAACACGGGUACACAACUUGGCGGCGCAAACAUUGAUAGUGGUAUGCCAAUUGGGCAAAAUGAUGUACUCGUUGACCCGAAUUUAAAAGUACCACGUUCGUCUGACCAAAACACAGAUCGUCUGAAUCCAACAAAAAACCAGAGCCAGAUAACAAAUAAUCCAGGAAAUACACCGGUAAUAGGUGUUACAGGAAAUGAACCCAAUGCCCAGGGAAGGGGAGAGUCGACAAAAAUUGACUGGUUUCUUCCACAGAUGCCCAGUGGGGAAUCGUUUGUGAAUCUCCAAGACGGGACCGCAAAUACCUUCUUUCCCACAGAAAACUGGCUAGGCAGAGGAGCAGCUGUGGGAUCGUUAGGUCAGGUCGAUCAACCACCACAAGAGCCUCCGGUAAACGAGAUUGCGGCUGGUGGUGGUGAGGUUGUUGGACCUAUCGAUAUCGGACCGGUAGGCCAACCUUCUACAGAUUCAACAACAACGCCAACUACUAAUACGUUUAGAGACGGAAGUGCCAUUGGGUUUGCCGAUUUGGUUCCAUUUGGUGGCGGAAUGGGCUUAGGGCCGAUCGAUUUAACCCCUGUUGACCUAAGGCCCGUGGACCCACUAGUACCGGUUUCAGAAACACCCACAACAACCACUACAACAACGACAGAAUCAACAACGCCCAGUUCAACCACCAUCCAAACAACAACUCCUCUCCGUACUACAACACCGUUGACGACCACCGUGCAAAGCACGACCCCCAAGCGUGGCGUGGUUGCGAGUAUUGCUAGUUGGUUGGGAUUUUCAGGUCGUAGUGUCCAGGGUCAGGGCCAGCCCAGAGGACCAGUCAUUCAAAAAUCCAACUCAGAAGCGGCCCGAACGGCAGCCAAUAUCGAGGCGGAACUGUCUCCCACUUGUCGCAUCCUUGGGAUGGCGUCCCUCACAAGCCUGGGCCGUGACAAGCAGCGCUACCGGUUGUUACGCCGGGAGUGCGCAGAGGAGCGACGGCGCGCGCGACAAAGGAUACGCGAGCAGCAGAGGCAGACGAGUAUUGACAGCCAGCGUGGACAGGCCUUGGGAAAUCGCCAGGGGAAUACUGUUAAUUUUUUCUAGAUACCAUGAGUCCAACUGUAGCGCGGAUGGUGUUACCCCCACAAAACAGACGACUAUCGGUUAGCAGAGGACGCGGGAGCGGUCCUCGCGGUUGAGGCAGACUACAAAAAUGAUGCAGACAUUUUUUUUGUGCAACAAUUAACAUAUACCACGUCAUAUUGGCGUUAUAAUCGCCAAUGAUAGUAUAAAGCGUAUUGGUAUCCCAUUAAGAAAUAUUUGUGGCUUAAUCAAAGAUAUUAAUAAUGUGUUCGCAUCAACAGUAUGGUAGUGUUUUUUUUAUACCAAUCAAUAAGUCGAAACGAUUGGUUUCUAUAAUAUUUGAGGUUUUAUAUACAUCGUCCCAAAUGAUUAUCAAAUCAUGAUACUGCCUUUCAAAUGCAAAUAAAUAAUUUUAUAUUAAGAAUUCUAAUUUCCUCAUGCAUAUCUUAACUACAAUUUAUCGCCUCAGUUAAAUAAAACAGACGAGAACCUGCGUAAUAAAUGCGCAUAUAUUAUUGCCUUGCGGUUUUGACGGUUUGGAUGUGAGAUUGCCGAUAACUAAGGACGCAUAACGUAUAUAUACGUAGCCGUUUUAGCUGAAGUUAGUAAACCGUCUAGAGUAACGAUUAGUCAAACUCAUCUGAAAUGGUAAAAUGAAAGACCAAUAUAAAAUAUUGUAUUUCGUUUAUUAAGAACAUGUGAACCAAAUUGUUUUGUCCUUUUCUGUGGUAAAAUAAACCUAUUAAGGUAAUUUGUCCUAAUAAUUUUCAUUUUUGUUUAUUUUCGAAAGAAUGAAAAUUGUGGAUUGGACGAAACUGAGCAGACAUCAUCAUUUAUUUUGAUGUAUGUGCGUGUUUGUUGGUAUAUGGUCAUUAAAAAUGCGUUAAGUUAAAGUUGCAAGAGAUUUUGUCGUUCCACUUCAACACAUUACCGUACAGUUUGUUAUGUUUGAUGUAUUAGCAUAAUUCAUUGUCUCGUAUGUGAUCUAUAUUUUGAAAUCCCUUAUUUAUUCCGCGUGAUUGUUUGUUACAAUUUCAGACCUAUGAGAUGUGUAAUUAAACGGAAACAAUAAAU